AUGCUUCUCGACCUUACACCUUAUCUCCUGUCUUCAUUGCUGCUAGGCCUGUUCUUGUUCCGCGUGGCGCGUCAUUUCUUGGACCGAAAGGGUCUUCGACAGUAUCCGGCGCCUUCAAUUGCAGGUUUCAGCUCGCUAUGGCGUCUCUACCACAACAUCAGAUGGAAGCAUUACGCUGCAGUCCAUGAAGCCCAUCAAAAAUUGGGAGCACACGUUCGCAUCGGCCCAAACCAUAUCUCCAUUUUGGACCCUCGGGCACCUCAAGAAAUUUAUGGCCAUGGUGCCAACAUGUUAAAGGAUAUUUGGUAUGAUGCUGGUGCAGGGCCUCACAGAAAUCUAUCCGAUGCGAGAGAUAAGGCUGAGCACCAGGCAAAACGCAAGAUGUUUGCCCAUACAUUUGCAGCGAAGACAGUCGUGGGUUUCGAACCUCAACUUCGCGAAAGAAUUUCGGCGUUAACGGACCUUCUGGAUCGACAAACCGGCACAAAGACCAACAUGCGACGUGUUUUGAAUUAUUUCUUGAUCGAUCUCUUUGGGAUUCUCCUCUACGGUCACAACCUAGGGUGUCUUGAACGAAACGACGACCUUCUUACUGCCGAAUCGAAAGAAGAUGGCCGACUCUACAAGGUCCCCUUUAUUCAGUCUUUACUCGACUCCACCGUCAUAAACAACCUUUUAGCAAUUACUGCACACUACGCUCAAUUUACUCGUUCACUUGUGACAAGUCACCCAUACAAGAAAGCAGGUGUUGAUUGGGAAAAUAUCAUCUACUACAACACAAAAAAGCGACUAGCCAAUUCAGCCCCUCAAGACGACCUUUUCCAAUGCCUGCUGCAAGAUAGUAAAGGUGAAAACCUUAACUUAUCAUUUGGAGAGAUCAUGGCUGAGUGCUCAAAGCUUCGGGAUGAGAUCAGCGCUGCAGAUUCUAGUGAUGGAAUCCCAUCUUAUGAAGUUAUCUCUAAGCUGCCGUACCUUCGAGCUUGUAUCGAGGAAGCUCUGCGCCUACGACCGCCCAGCUCGUUUGGACUACCUCGCAUUGUUCCAAAAGGAGGCAGAUUUAUUGCGGAAAAGUUCAUCCCCGAGGGCGUCACGGUAUCUGUUCCAACAUACUCGAUACUCCGAGACGAAUCAGUAUUUAGCAGCGCAACUGAGUACAAUCCAGACCGUUGGCUGACAGAGAGCUCGGAGGAGAAAAAGAAGAUGCUCAAUAAUCACAUCCCAUUCAGUACUGGCCCACGCGCUUGUAUCGGUCGCAAUAUCUCCUAUUUUGAACAGGCCGUGAUUAUUGCUACCAUUGUGAAGCUUUACGAUGGUCAUAUUGAAGAAGGGUUUCAGCUGGAAACACAGGAGCGGUUUAACUCAAACCCUGGGGAUUUGCCAAUGGAAAUGAGACCACGAGCUGUGUGA